AUGUUGAUAGUUGACAGUCCCACGGUAGGUCCAAUAGGUCCAACAUCAUGUCACUAUGUGAUGCUAACACGUGUACGGCCCAAUGCGAAGAAUCUCAAUGCAUGAGCGUGUUCACUUGUAAAUGUUGCAGUAUGCAACCGACAACAGACAACCAUCCCCUUAACUCUCUCUCUUUCUCCUCAAAGCUAAGUUGUCCUGAUCUCCUCUCGCAAUUAUACUCUAAUUAUAUCUUUCUUUUGAAAUAUGUCCACUUGCUGCUCCGCUUCACAAAUCUCACUCUCCCUCACUGCUCGAUAAACCCCUCUCUCUCUCUGUCUCCCCCCCCCCCCCCUCCCCCUCCCAACAAAUCUGAAGCAGAAGCCUGAAGGAGACCAAGAUGGGAUCCGUGUCGCUGAAUAUUGGAGAUGGCACAGCCAAAUUCAAGAGAGCUACUGUGUGCUCCUCAGCAGUUAACAUUCUUAUGAUCUUCUCUGUUAUCUCCACCAAUCUCUUUGCUUUAUAUGCCUUCACAUCCUCUCCCAAACACCAAAGUCAUGUCCUUCAUAACACCCACAAGAACUUCUCUUUAAUCUCUGAACACGUCUCUCUUAUCCUUAAGGAGAUUGAUUCUUCCCAAAAAAAGCUUGCUAAGAUGGAAAAAGAGCUCUUAGGGUAUGAAACCAUCGAUAUCUCAAGGCCCAAUAUUGCAAAUGAGCUCAAAUUUUUCCUACAGCAUCACCAGCUGCCUCUUGGUAAAGAUUCAAGAACUGGGAUUACUGAAAUGGUGGCAUCUGUGGGGCAUUCUUGUGAGAAAUCUGCAGAUCUGUUGUCUCAGUACAUGACUUACAAGGUCUCUGGGCCUUGUCCCGAUGAUUGGAGCCUUGGCCAGAAGCUGAUUUUGCGUGGAUGCGAACCUUUACCGAGGAGGAGAUGCUUUGCCAAGCCUGUUUCUAAGGUGGGUCUUUCCCCUUUUCCUAUUUCACUAUGGAAGCCUGUCAGUGAAAAGAUUCUAACUUGGAGUGGUAUUGGUUGCAAGAAUUUUGAGUGCUUAAAUAAAAAGAAAUUGAGUAGGGAAUGUGUUGGUUGCUUUGAUUUGGCUAAUGGGUAUGAAAAUCAAAAGUAUGUUAAGGCUACAAGCAAGAGUGAUUUUGUUAUUGAUGAUGUGUUAGCUUUAGCAAGUGGAGGAAUUAGAAUAGGAUUUGAUAUUGCUGGUGGGUCUGGUACUUUUGCUGCUAGAAUGGCAGAGAGAAACGUAACUGUGGUCACUAACACUUUAAACAUCGAUGCUCCAUUUAGCGAAUUCAUUGCAGCAAGAGGGCUUUUCCCGCUGUAUUUGAGCCUAGAUCAUAGAUUCCCUUUCUAUGAUAAUGUGUUUGAUCUGGUCCAUGCGUCCAGUGGACUAGAUAUGGGGGGGAAACCUGAGAAAUUGGAGUUCUUAAUGUUUGACAUUGACCGCAUUUUGAGAGCUGGUGGAUUGUUUUGGUUGGAUAACUUCUUUUGCAGUGAUGAGGAGAAGAAGAAGACGUUAACUAGGUUGAUAGAGCGGUUUGGUUAUAAGAAGCUGAAAUGGGUUGUGGGAGACAAGGUAGAUACAGCUGGUUCAGGCAAAUCUGAAAUUUAUUUAUCUGCAGUGCUGCAAAAGCCAGCAAGAGGGUGAUGAUUUUGGUUUCUACAGAAAACUGUAAUUCAAGAGAGAAAAUCAUGCUGAAAUUUUGUUUCAAGGUGCAAUGAGUAACCUGAAUUGUGUUCUUUCUCAACUGCAUAUCGGCAGUAGAAGGUGAUGUGCAACUGUCUGUAAUUUUAAGAUAACUUUUUUUCCCCUUUUUUGUACUCCAUUACAAAGUGUAGUUGGGUUUUAGUUAUCCAAGGUAAAGUAAAUGUUAGAAAUGGAAAAUUAUGUAGUGCAGUCUUGAAUCUUUUGAAUUGCGAGUAGCCUUUGGACU